CUACUUUAUACAGAGCAUCUUGCCUCGAAAACUUCACUUUGCCCAUCGUGUAGAGCAUCAAAAAUAACCUAAAAGUCUCGCUUACACUUUUUUGAAAAAACGUGUGGAAAGUGGUUUUCUAGACACCCACAAACUGUUUUUACAGCAUAACUUGAACAAUUCAAUUUUUCUUCGAUGAAUGUACUUGAUAAUUUUCAAGACUUUGGUGUCUGACACUCAUACCAAAGUCUUGAAAAUUAUCAAAUACAUUCAUCGAAGAAAAAUUGAAUUGUUCAAGUUAUGCUGUAAAAACAGUUUGUCGAUUGAGAGAAAUGACUGAUUUACUAUUGCACAUUGAGGAAAAAUCGUAAGAUAUCAAAUAUAAAUAAAUGUUUUUUUCUCUCAAAAAGUAAUAUACUCAUUUAGACCAAAUAUACGCCAAUAUCUCGAUCCAAAGAAAAUCGAUUAUUUUCUAAGUUGGAUCAUUGAAUCUAAUUUACUAGUAUCUAUACCUUGGGGAAGUACGAAUUUAAAACUAGAAAAUGGUGAACAACUUUCUAUACCUCGUCAGAUUUUACAAGCACAACACAGCCAAAUUAUUUAUUUGUACAAGCAACAUUGUUCUGUAGUUGGUAUUGAUUCAAUGUCCGAUAGAACUAUAUAUUCUAUAUUAGAAAGUAUACAUGCUAGUAAAUCAAAAGCUAUUAGUGGUAUUGAUCAAUUUGUUGCAACAGCUUUGGAAGGUUGGACAAUUUUAAAAGACAUUAUCCAAAAAAUUACCAAUACCACCUCAAAAUAA